CACUCGAGUCAAUUCAAUAUCAGUCUGUUUCCAUAUUUUUUCUCGUAUUUUAUGAAAUAAAAUGUGUUAGAUAAAUUUAAUCGUAAUGAAAGAAAUUUGAGCACAUCUCGUUGCUUGUUCUUUCUUAUAAAUUAUAGUCCUGAUCGAUAUCGUCUUCUGUUCCUAUUGAUUUGAAAUAUGAGCCACGAUCACAGUAGUCACGAUGGGAGUGCACCGAUGGAUGAUCAUAUGGACCAUAUGGAUCAUGGAUCGCACGCUGGACACGACAUGAUGUCACACAUGAUGAGUAUGAGUUUUCAUUUCGGUUGUGAAGAAACGGUAUUGUUCAGUUUUUGGAAAUUUUCCUCUUAUGGUGGCCUUAUUGGUUCUAUGAUCGGUAUCUUCAUUUUGGCUGUAUUAUACGAAGGAUUAAAAUAUUACAGAGAACAUUUGUUCUGGAGAUCAUACAGCUUACUUCAAUACCGUUCGGUUCCUAUUCCAGGAGAUAAAACUCCUCUUCCUUCAGAAGCCAAAGUUUCUCAUAUUUGUCCAGAUGUUACCCAAAGAAAUGCACCAUUAAUGUUCAGUAAAAGUCACGGUUUUCAGACGUUACUGCAUGUAAUCCAAAUAGUUAUUAGUUACUUCCUUAUGUUAAUUUUCAUGACGUAUAAUGUAUGGUUAGGGUUAGCCGUAGCUCUAGGAUCGACUACAGGAUUUUUCCUAUUUGGUUGGAAGAAAUCAGUUGUUGUAGAUGUGACAGAACAUUGUCAUUAGUUGACGGAAUCGUUUAGAAUAAUUGAAAUUACUCCCAACAUCCCAUUUUACCAAUAAUGAAUACCUAAUCAUGAUACAGGGUUGCAAGUCAUCACCGUUGGUAUGUUGCAGGCUCAACAGAAUAGUUUCAUACGUAAUUAUUUAUCUAAUAUUAAACGUGCAUACUUGUUGAAUAAUGGAAAACGUUUUUUAAUCGUCUGCGCUCGCAGAAUCAUUUGUAUUCUCUUUUUUUAAAAGUCGUAUUUGUAUUGAAAUAUUUGCCUAAAUGUUAACUUCGUAUUAUAACUAUUUUAAUUUGUACAGAAUAAAUCUGACGAUAGAUUUUUGGUCAUUGUUACAA